CACAGUGUGUUGUUCCAACAAACCCUGUAAACAAACAAAACAAUGGUCGACGAGAUUUAGGAAGUUAUCAAAACGGCAAAUACCAGACUAUCCAGUGGAAAAUCAAAAAUGAACUGGGACGAGUAUAUUGAAAGAGUGUGGAUUUUGUUUGGAAAUGGAAAAUCAUAUCUACAUCAUGAUCUAAAGACAAAAACAGCCAUGGAAAAUAUUGCGAUUAUCAUAGUUCUUCUAUGUGGUAAAGGCAUCACACAUUUCCGUAAAGGAGCUGGACAUGCUGGUCUGCCUCCUAUGAUAACGUCAGAGUUUGAAACGGAAUAUUUCUUUCCCGCAGCCCAUUCCACUUCAUUAACUCUCCAAUGUCAGGCGGAAAACGGAAAUAUCACGUAUGAAUGGUAUAAAAAUUUUAUGAAACUUGAAGACAACCAGCGAGUCACCUAUGACUGGGAUACAGGUGAAAUUAUCUUCACAAAUCUCUCGAAUGAAGAUUUCGGAAUGUAUUAUUGUCUGGCAAAAAAUGAGUUUGGGGCUUCCAUUUCUGCAUUUUUCAACAUAUCGGAAACAAGAAUUGAUUCAUUUCCAAUUUUUAAAGAAAGAGACCACACAUGUCAAGAGUUUCAUUACUGCAAACUUUCAUGUUCUGACAAACCCUUCUGUGUACCAAAAAAUAAUUGUCGAAUAGAAUGGAAAAUUGGAUCUGGAACUUCAAAUAAUGUGGAUAUAAAAGAAAACAUGGAGUUAGAUAGAGAGGGAAACCUUCAUUUUCUAAACAUCAACCAAUCUUACGGAGCAAAGAAUUAUUACUGUGGCGUGUGGAAUGAAAAUGAACGAAUAUUCCGGAAAGGCAACUUAUUGAACCUCGAUGUAAAGGAUUCUGCUGACAGUUUUGUUCCUCCUCGUGCUGUUUAUCAAAGUGGUUAUAAAGCUUUUGUUGGAGAGAAUGCCACCCUGCAGUGUAUUUUUUCUGGAAAUCCUGUUCCGAAAGUAACAUGGCAGUACCAAGAAUGGAUCUCAAAUUGUCGAGAAUCAUAAAUAUAGCAUACGUAAGAGUGGAAGAGAGCUUCAGUUAAGGAAUACAACAUUCAAAGAUGAUGGAGUUUAUAAAUGUGUCUCUAAUGGCAUCAU